UUGGGUUACGAAGCAGACUUGAUGGAGGAAGCUCAGCAUGUUCAAGCGUUCGUCGCGAACCCAUGCUACGAGUUUAAGCCGGCGUGGCCGAUGGCGCAUGGACCAGGUGGAGCGAUUUCGGCCGCCAAGGAAGAAAUCACGACAGACAACCGAGGGGACUACCAUCGAUCAGAUAAGAUCCUGUACCUCCCAUCUACCCUCGGUCCCCCAAACCACAACUUCGACAUGACGACUCUGGCAUCGGCUCAGUCACAACCUUCAACUCUGUAUCCCGCCACCACACAGGAUGGCACGUCUGUCGCUCUGUUCCGCGCCGCUGGAGAUGGCGCCCCGCCUCAGCUGAAGAGAAGUAUCGGCUCAAUCGACAGCGCAAUGGACGCUCACUCUCCCAUCUCAGCGGCCUCGCCCGACGAUGCACCACCUGGCAAGAUCGCUAUUCCGGCCUUGAAGCGUCCACGGAACGACUCGACCGUCAAUAAUGGGCCACUCAGCAGAGACGUCGUCCUCAAGCCACGACCGAAGCCUGGUCGCAAGCCUAUGGCCGACCAGAAUGACUCAUCGGACAAGCGGAAGACUCAGAACAGAAUGGCACAGCGCAACUUUCGCGACCGCCGUGCUCAGAAGUGCCAUGAGCUUGAACUUGAAAAUGAGCAGUUGAAGAAAGACAAUGGGGCCGACCGCUCUGCCUGGAUGGAACAGCUCAGGCAGCGCGAUGCCGAGAAUGCAAGACUCUCGACCCAAUUAGCAGAUGCCAAUGCUAAGGCGGUCCAAAUCGACCUUGAGAAUCGUCGGCUCACAGAGCGCAUUGCAGAAAUGCAGAGGGAANNCUUGGUACAUACCGCCAAGGCUCAUCAUGCCAAUGCUCAUGCUCAUCCUUCCCACCCCCAGCGUUCUGUUGUUGCUUCAAACCUUGUUUCAUCUGUUCAUCACAUUCUUACACCACCAUCAGACCACGACGAGUAUGAAGUCGACUUCACUAACAUAUAUGCAUCACGUAAACCAUCUGCAUUCACAUCUGGACUCGGCACAGAUGAACAUUGUGGUUUCUGCAGCGAUGUAGAGAAUUGCAUCUGUCGCCAACAAGAGGAGCUCAACAACAAGAGUCUUCCCAACCUUCCACCUAUUGACUCAUCGCGUGCUAUCACGCAACCCAAAUUGCCCUCUGACAUCUCCACCCCCAGUUUUCUGGAGGCGCGAACCGAAGCUUCUGGUCCAGGUACCUGCGACAUGUGCCUUGCUGAUCCGGAGAAAGCGAGACAGUGCAGAGAGCUUGCUGAAGUUGCUUUCAAAGACAAGGAAGCUGCAGCAUCACGCGCCGAAGACUCCAGCUCCAAAGACAUUGGCACUGUCACUCUUCGACGUCUCAAGCAGCUCGACUCCAAGCCUCAGGAGCGAACUUCAUGCUCUGACUUCUUCCAACAAGCACAACAGAGGAAUGUCAGGCUCAGACGAGACGACUACCAACAGAUCAAACAUGUGUAUCGCCUUGAUGGUCGAUCCCAACAUUCUNNCCCUUACAUGGAGAUGGAUACUCAAGAUGCUGCUCAUGCUUUGGCUGCUCUUUCCAGACAGGAUACCAGGUCUGGCGCGGACCGCCAAUCUUAA